AUGGGACUUAGAAGCGUGCUGGCCGGGGUGGCCCUCCUCGGUAGCUUAGCUGAUGCCGCGUCAAGCUUUAGUCCUGCAAGACCUCCUGCAAUUCCGUUGGCUGUCAAAUCUCCAUACCUGAACUCGUGGUUAAAUGCCGGUAGCGACGGUGGAAACGGGGGCUAUCUCGCCGGUGAAUGGCCAAAGUUCUGGAGCCAACAAAUCACGGGCUGGGCGGGUUUCAUCCGUGUAGAUGGAAAGGCGUACAACUGGCUGGGUGCGCCACCCGGCGCGGAUGUGGUAGAUCAAACUGAAUUUUCUUACACAUCGACACGGAGCACGUUUGUGAUGAACGUGGGCGGCAAAGUUGAGAUGAAUAUCACUUUCUUGUCGCCCGUAACGCCGACCGAUUUGAAACGACAAUCUCUGGUAUUCUCUUACCUCGACGUUGGCGUUCACUCGCUGGAUGACGCUAGCCAUGACGUUCAGUUAUACGCUGAUGUCUCAGCUGAAUGGGCUUCCGGUGAUCUCAACGCCGUUAUCGAAUGGGAUUACAAAUCUGCCGAUGGAGUCGUGUACCACCAAUUCGAGCGUCAAAAUCAGGCGGCGAUUUCCGAGACCAACCAGCAAGCAAACUGGGGAACUUGGUAUUGGUCCACCAAAGAUGAGGACAACGUUUCGUGGCAAAUCGGCGCUGACACCGAUGUAAGAGGCGCUUUCAUCAAGGACGGAGUUCUUCCCAACACCAAAGAUCUCAACUUCCGAGCCGUACAGGAUCGCUGGCCGGUAUUUGGAUUUGCUAGCGACCUAGGUUCUGUCGGCUCAUCCACCGUUUCGACCUUGUAUACGCUUGGAAUGACACAGGAGGGUGCAAUCAACCUCCUAGGCGAAGGAAGCGAUCUCACCACUUAUCCUGCCCUGUGGCAGAGCUACUUUGACUCAGCUGUCGAUGCUGUGACAUUCUUCUACAACGACUAUGACGAGGUUUCGAAGCUAUCCACAGAUUUAGAUAACAAAGUGGCCUCGGAUUCUCUAGCUGCUGCAGGCCAGAACUAUCUGACCUUAACCAGUCUUAGUGUCAGGCAGACAUUCGGCGCCCUGCAAUUUACAGGCACCGACUCAGACCCUCUGGUAUUCCUUAAGGAGAUCAGCUCAAACAGCGAUAUCCAGACCGUAGACGUCAUCUUUCCCGCCAUUCCGCUGAUCUUAUACACGAACCCCUCCCUCAUCGAUUACUUGCUCAAGCCGUUGUUCAUCAACCAGGAGAAUGGCCACUACCCUAACACCAACGCUAUCCACGACCUCGGUACCUUCCCCGUGGCUAAAGGCUACCCCGCCGGUAACGAUGAGCUCAUGCCGCUAGAGGAAUGCGGCAACAUGAUCAUCAUGGUGCUGGCGUACGCACAACGCACCGACGACAACGACUACCUCGCCCAGCACUACCCCAUUCUGAAGCAAUGGGCAGGUUACUUAGUAGACGAGGCCUUGAUCCCUGCAGACCAAAUCUCCACAGACGACUUCGCAGGCUCUCUCGCUAACCAGACAAACCUGGGACUCAAGGGCAUAAUUGGUCUAAGGGCUAUGGCUGAGAUCUCGGAGCGAACAGGCCACGACGAGGACGCCAAGUCAUUUGGCGAUAAGGCCACCUCGUACAUCGAGCAGUGGCAGGGAUUCGGACUGAACACGGCAGCGAACCCACCCCACGCGACGUUGAGCUACGGAGACGGAGACUCGCACGGGUUAUUGUACAACCUGUACGCGAACUCGCUGCUGGGCUUUGGCGACUUUGUACCGAAGUCAGUGUAUGACAUUCAAUCCAACUUCUACCCGACCGUGGCACUGAAGUAUGGUUUGCCGCUCGACACACGCCACACGUACACCAAGACGGACUGGAUGCUAUGGGCUGCGGCUACGUCCGGCAAAGAGACCAGGGAUACCAUCAUCGGCCUCGUUGCUGACUGGAUCAAUGUUACGCCCACAAAUAAGCCGCUUACCGAUCUAUACGACGCCGCUACUGGGGACUAUCCUGGCGGUCUUCAGUUCACAGCGCGGCCUGUAGCAGGUGGCCAUUUUGCACUGUUGGCAUUGCCAUAG